AUGGCAACUGCUCCAUCCCCGCUAUUACAAAAGAUACCAUCCCGUACCGCCCCGACCCGCUGGCCCACACAAGAAGAAGGAAUGUGCGGCAGCAAUGGAAGCAAUGCGGAAACAAGAAAGAAGGCGGCCGCGGGCGAAGCCGCGAUGAAACGAGCCUCGGAUUCCCAAUACGCAAGGAAGAAAGAGUUCAUGAGGAAGAAGGCGGAAUACAAGAGACGGUUUCCGGCCACCAACGAUGGGGUUAUGAGGGCAAAGAGAAAUCUCGAUGCCGCGAUCAAGUGGUACCAGUAGGAGAUGGAGUACAAAGGGAAGGAAAGCAAAAUAUGGAGCGAUCCUGAAGGAGAUCGAAGAAAACCCAGUCGAGCUUGACGAUUGGUAUCAGGAGGGAGGAAAGGGCGUCCAGCAAGUAGUUGGUGGCGGCAAUGGCAAUUGAAUGACGACGUCGUACACGAGGAGGACGAAGCCGAGCUCAAACCACGAAGGCGACGAUGGAAACCAUGUUCAUCUCUUCGCGCUGAGGUUGCCCACAAAUAUUCGUAUAGCUCUCUUAUUCUCGUUAUUUUGCGGCUGCGCCAUAGCCCCCGAAGCAGAUUUCGUAUAAACCGAUGCUAUGUAGCCCGAGCGUAUACGUAGUAUAUCUACACAGUG